AGACAUUAUUGCAGCGACGCGCCCUCGCCAACCGCUCCUUCCCCUCGCAUCGCCCCACCACAUCGCUCCUUCCACCGCGAACCGAGACUUCCGUUGAUGAUACGCCAGUAAAUACCUUCCGUCCGCAUCUCCCUCCGGGGACGAGCUGCCCACCAUGGCUCAGAACUACAACCAGUACCCGCAGCAGUACGGGCAGCACGCGCCGCCUGUGCAGACCCAGAACUUGAACCAGCACCCGCCGCGACCCUUCUCGCCGCCUUCCUACAACCAGUCACCGAAUGCCAUGUCACCGACCAUGGGCAGCAGCAUCCCCCCCGCAAAGCGCCAGCGCCUGUCGCCGAACCCAACGUCGCCUGCGCCGUACCAGUCGCCCUUUGCCGCACCGUCGUAUCCCAUGUCGCCCUACGCCUCGUCUCCGCAGAACACUGGCUAUCUGUCCCUGCCGCAGUCGCCCGCCAACACGCAGCCCCCGCCGUUCCACCAGCCGCAGCCCUACCAGCAUCCGAACAACAUGGCGCAGCAACAGCAGCAGCAGCAGCAGCAGCAGCAGCAGCCGCCUCCGAGUUCCAUGCCGCCGCCAAAGGUGCCCUACAGUAAAGCUACGGACAACGCUGAGCUGGAGAAGGCGAAUGCGCGUGACCUGGAUGUCAAUAAUAUUAGCGACGUGCUUACGGGCUCUGGCAUUGAUCUGCGCGCCGAAGAAGACAAUCUGCUCCAUAGCUAUGGAAAUCGCAGCGGCUAUGGAACAUCGUUCAACUCGCAGGCUACAGGAUCCACAAUCUCUCCCCAUGGGAGCUUCAACAACUGGAGUCAGCAAGGUGGCCACGGCGCGUUCCAGGGUUCGGGGCCGUUGAGCCAGUCCAUGUCGCAGGAGCAGCACGAAGCCGAGUUCCUGAGGAAGCACGAGCAAGCCGCCCGCAUCCUCAACGAGUCAGCCCAGCAGUGUCUCACGGACCCCUUCUGCGAUGCCAAUGUACUCCGUCACCGGAUGGCCAGGCGUGCGUAUGAGAAUGGAAUUCAAGUCAACGUCGAUGGUUUGUUUGACAAGAUCCCCGACAAGACCCCUCGCGACAUUACCAGGACAACGCAGGCUGGUGCCAACGGCGAGCAGAUUGUAGGCCUCGAAGCCGCCAGUCUCCUCAAUCAGAACGCUCCGCUUGUCGAAAUCCUGUCGCUACUGUCCUUGGCUGCUGAGGAGCGCAUACGUACCAUUGUCGAGGACUCGUUCGCUCUGAGCCAGGGCCGACAGAACACAUCACACGGCAUCAUUCCACCGCAGAUGCUCGACAUGGCAGUAAAGGAGCCAGAUGCUGAGCAGAAGAUGGCUGCGCCCACAAGUGUUCUGAGGACGCCCUGGGAGGCACCCGAGAGUGCUACUAGCCCCACGGCGACCGCCAAGAAAGGGUUACCAAAUGCCGCACGACUACCUACUCCACCGAGUGAAGCACCUCCCACACCACAGCCUACUUUCCAAAAUGUCAAUCACAUCGCCAACGCCUUGAAGAAGCGUGUUCGCGAGGAUGAGCAGUUCGAGAAGGAGCGACUCCGCAAGCGCCAGCAACGCCAGCAGGGCAAAUCAGCUGCGGCGGCUGAUACAGCCGACAUAGCGCCUCUACCUAUCCCAGAGAAGAUCACCAAGAAGCAGCGAGACGCAAUGAACAAGGCUGGCCAGACCGAAGACGUCCUGCACCGCAAAGCCAACGAGACAGCUGCCCUAGCGCUGGGUGGCGGAAGGAAGAAGAAGUACUCUUGGAUGACUGGAGGUGGUGGCGGUGGUGGUGGCGGAGGUGGUGGCGCUGGUGCCUCUGGCGCAUCGACGCCUGCUCGACAGGCCACCGGUACAGGUGGUAGCGGUGCAGCCACGCCUGCUGCCGCGACGACCGAAAUAGGAUUGAGGGCGAAGAAGAGAAACUAUGGAGCAAACAUCGAGAACACUGAGAUUGGCGAGAAGAUCCAGGUUCGGGACCUUGUGCAUGUUCUGGAGAACGAUGGCAGGGAGAAGAAGACUCUCACACUGAUUCUGGCACGUCUCAAAAAUACGGAGAAGGACGAAGGGAGGACCGUGGAACUCCAGCAGAGGCUGCCAGCAGCCGCAGCCGGAGUGCGAUAGGAACUCUUACGGCCAGUCCGCUGCUCAGGGUCGCGACCAGCCGAACUUCGCACAGCGACCUAGCUGCGCGUGACACGGUCACCAUCUACCUCUGCUCUGACUCGGAAGAAGGCCUCUGGGUCGGGACAGAGCGAAUUCGUUCAAAAUCUACAUCAGCGACGGCGUUUACGAGGAGAUGGGUGGGGGUUUUUUUUGGUGUCUCUGCAUCCCAAGGGCUGGGAUUGACUUGCAUUAUUUCUGACGAUCUGUAUCAAAAGCACGUGGCCAUGGAACAGUUGCGUGAGUAACUCACUGAACCAAUAAGCUUAAUAGCUAUACCCACAAUCGUUCUCGCUGUGUGUGUGCAUCGGUCUUCCCCGCGAGGCGCUGAAGUCACUCUUCCUAGCACACGGCAUCAUCCAACCACAACAUGUUAACCUACUGACUACCCCGUCAUGGAGUGUUAGGUUGGUGAUGAAGUUUCU